CAGGAAGGCACAGCGGGCGGCAUCACGUAGACUGCUCUGCCGCCAGACGACUCACCCGACGUGCGUCGAGCUGUACGAUUCCGCUAUCGAGCAUCGCAGACCCUACUCCGCAUGUUCCUCUUUGGAAUACCGCGGUGGCAGUUUGGCAGAGCGAUCACGAAUCACAAUGAUGAAUGCCAGCCGGAACAAAGCUCGAGUGACCUCGUGAUCCUCUUCAGAUCCCAUCUCCUGCUCGCGGGCCUGCUUUCAGGAAUGGCCACUUCACCCUCUCCACGACCCAUUCACACCCUGGUCGUCUCUUGAUCCUUCGCAAGCCGCAAGUUAUUCGGUCUUUCUAUCCUACACGCGCCACCGUGACCUUUGGCGCAGCUCCUUGCGCGAGACCGUCGGAGUUUCGACGAGGCCCUCUCUUGCAGACACUCUCAUGACCUGCUCCACCUUUCAUGGAAUCUAGCAGACCGCGUGCGGUGUCACUGACUACGAAUAGCAAGGUCGCCUUGCUCUCGCCCAACUCAACGCCUUAGGCCCCAAACACUGCCUGCAUGGGAUCCUAGCUUCGACCGUGCACACGACUUCGCGCGACACCUUGCCCCGUUGCCCCAUUCUUUCAUUCGAACCCAAAGGAGCGCAUCGAGCACCUGCAAUCUUUGUGCAACGACGACAACGCUUUUGCCAAUCACAUUCUGCUCUCUAUACCACUCUGGCUGCACCCCGCACUGACAGUCAAGGAGAUCGUCGCCAUUGCACGCGGCCUACUGCAACUCGACCGCAACGCUUUAUGGACACACUGUCACCUCAAUAUCCACCUGCUUUGUCAACUUCCUGGCCCUAGCACCAACACACGAGUCUUACUCUACCGCGAAGCGUUUACGUAUCAUUCGAGGUCCGGUGGCAGAGUUUACGAGCGAAACUCUAUUCAAAACACCCCCAUUAUCCAUAGCUGGGCAUCUUCUCCGAUAUCAGAUGUCUCAAGGUCUGGUAGAGCGUUCGCCUCGACAGUUUCACCACAACAAUUCGCCGCCUCAGCCUCACAGGCGACCAGACCACCUUCCAAGAGCACUCCAUAGUCGAAGCGGCAGCCCUUCGGCUCCCUGCGCGGCGGUGAGCGAGGUGCACGCAAUGGCACAAAGUGCUGCUGUGCCAUUCUCUGCCACAAGGUCGAACGCACCCAACGCACCUACUCACGCUCCUGCUUGGACACACGCUGCCCCGGAUACGUCCACGUCGCGCGCGAACGGUCGACAAAAUGGCGAUCGUGUGCGAAGCGACGAACAGCACGGCCAAUUGCCUGGUGGCAGCACUUCGCCACGGCGAUCAGCGGCGAUCGCUACAAAAAGUGGGCAACAGCAGCAGACGUCAUCUUUAAUCACUUCGUGUCAGCCGCUUGCGUCGCCG